UACUUGUAGUUUAAGAUUUUUUUUUGUGUUUAGGUUUACGCGAAACAUUUCAGUGAGGUCCAAAACACUUCAAUGGACAGUAAGAUACGAUUUAUGUGUACAUAAUAUAUAAAUCAUAAACGGCGGCUUUAUGGUCUCCAAGUCACGUUCCGAAUUGGUUCACAUUAUUCUUUCAAAGCAUUGUUUAAUUUAUCAAUAUCAAUACUAAUCAAUCUCAGAAUAUUAUACUCCAUUAAAUAAAUAAUAUAUGAUCGAGGCCACGACAAUUGUGUGUCUCUCUCAUCCCACAUUCUCGUGUAUAUAUACAAAUGCUUGGCUUUUCCUUCUCUUUCACUUUAGUUGAUCUACUCAUAUCCAUCAUUCCCUCUAGCCUCAAGAAAAAAAUCUCCAUCUCCUAGAUACAAACACUCACUUGGAUCUAAUAAUCUUCAAGGAGCUUCUCAGAUUCAGCUCUUAUGGAUCAUUUGUUACAACACCAGGACAUGUUCGGCAAUUACAACAAAGCACGAGAUGCCAUGGGAGUAUCAAGUUCACCAAACCCAACCGAAGUAGAUCACAAUCAGAAAAAACCCUCUCUGGCGACUGGGGCGGCGAAGCCACAGCCACCGGAUCUAGCCCUGAGAUGUCCACGUUGCGACUCAACGAACACAAAGUUUUGCUACUACAACAACUACAGCCUCUCUCAGCCUCGCUACUUCUGCAAAUCAUGCCGGAGAUAUUGGACCAAAGGCGGGACACUAAGGAACAUUCCCGUCGGAGGCGGCUGCCGAAAAAACAAACGGUCCACAUCUUCGGCGACAAGAAGCCUCAGAACCACUCCAGAACCAGCGUUCUCGGCGGCGAGUUUCGGUGGGUUUGGUAACAAUGAACACACUGAUCUCCGCUUAGCCUUUGCCCUGCUGAACAAGCAACCUCAGGGGAGUUCUUCGCAUAUAGGGUUUCCUUCAGCAUUCGGUAACUCUAACUCUCAUCAGUCUGACAUGGAGAGUGUGUUUGGAACAAGCCAGAAAAAUGAGAACGCUGGUUAUGCGUUUGGAAACGGCAGCAGCGGUUUGGAUAUGGCCAUGAGUGAUCCAAACAAGGUCUUAUGGGGGUUUCCAUGGCAGAUGAAUGCAGAGGGCUUUGGGAUGAUGAACAUGGGAGGAGGAGGUGGUCACGUAGAUCAAGUUGAUUCAGGAAGAGAGCUUUGGACCAACAUGAACUAUAUUAACUCUGGUGCUUUAAUGUAGUUCAGAUUAAAACCUCAAUUUUAUUUGGUGUUUAAUUUAGGGUUUGGAGUUCAUAUUUAAUGGGAAGGAAAGAUGGGGGAUAGCUAUUUUAAAUGAUUAAGGAAGUAUUACAUAUAUUAGGGCUUUUAAAAGA